AUGGGUGCCAGACGCACGACAGCCAUUCUGUUGAUGGCUUUCAACUUCUUCAUCUCCCUCACAAGCGCCUCCUGCUACUCACAAUCUCCCGUCUUCCCGCCGCCGACGUAUUCCAGAUCUGAUCCCGAGCUUGUCGAAGCAUUUCGGCACAUCGAAGCGUCUCUAUCAUCGCUUUUUGCCACACAUCCGGACCUCAACACGUCGUCCUACUCGAUCGAAGUCACAUCCCCGUACUCGACCCUCUGGUCCGCGUUCCACACGGCCAUCGACAAGAACCCGGAGAGACCCGGAGCCGAGCACGUCAACGGGAGCAGUGUCUACCGCGUGGCCAGUAUCACCAAGGUCUUCACGGUCCUGGGGAUCUUGCAGCAGCAUGCGGCGGGAAACCUCAGUCUGGAUGAUCCCGUGGACGUGUACAUCCCGGCUCUGUCCACUUCUCGCUCCCACCAUGGUGAGACCAUCCCGUGGCGAGCGAUCACCCUGAGGUCACUGGCGAGCCAGCUAUCGGGGAUCCCGCGCGACUGGGCGCAGAGCGAUCUGAUCACGUCGCUCCCGGACCCCAGUGUCGUUGGACUCCCUCCACUCCCCCGGUCCGCACCAGACCGGUCGGAUCUCCCCAGGUGCGACGAGUACGGCGAGUACAAGCCGUGCACGGCGACGGACCUCCUGGACUAUCUCGUGGACAAACCGCCCGUGUUCCUGCCGAACGAGAAAUCCACUUACUCCAACAUCGCCUUCGAGUUAUUGGGUCUCGUCCUGGCCAACGUCACGGGGAGGAGCUAUGAGGACUACAUCGAGGCCUCCAUCCUCAUGCCCCUGAACAUGACAUCGAGCUCGUUCCGCAAGCCCUGCGACGCCGUCGCCAUCCUCCCCAAGGGCAACGCGUGGUACUGGGACGUCGACGAGGGGGUCCAGAACCCCACGGGCGGGCUGUACUCGUCCUCGAGCGACAUGUCGGUGUUCCUGCGCCACGUCUUGAAGACGUACCGCAACGUGGCCGAUUCUCGGGUCAACUGGCUCCUGCCCGUCUCGUUCACGGCUGGGUGGAAGUCGUUCUACGGGAUGCCGUGGGAGAUCCUGCGCGUGGACCGCAUUGUGCCGCACAGCCCGGCGCGGACCGUCAGCUUCUUCACGAAAGGCGGCUCGUUACCGGGCUACCGCACGUUGAUCCUGCUCGUGCCCGAGUACGGGCUGGGCAUCACCAUCUUCACCGGCGGCGACGACGGGUUCAUCGACCAGCUCGUCGAGAUGGUUACGGUGCCCCUGAUCCGUGCCGCGGAUCGAGUUGCGGGGCGCCAGGCCGCGCACAGGUAUGCAGGAACGUUUCUCGCGGACCCCAGCAGCGGCAUCAACUCCUCGCUCCAGAUCGCCUAUUCAGACGCCCACGGACUGAAAAUCACGAAAUGGGUCUCCAACGGCACGGAGAUGCUCUCGGCUAUCCCGUUGCAAUUCCACGUCCCCGAGGACCGCGGUUUCCAUCUCCAACUCAUCCCCACGUCGCUGUACCGGCGGCAGGAAGAGAAGCAGGGCGAACUGUGGAGGAUUGCGGUGACUUUAGAUCGUUGGGGCUCCCGGACAUCAUCACCACUACUGCACCAGCAACCAGGGGAUGUGCCACUAUCGUCAUCGGCCGGAGUCUCAGAAGAGGGUGAUGGUGACAAUAAUGGCCACGAAUUACCCGCUCCUGGCCCAUCGUCCAGCCACCCUUACAGCGGCAGUGUAUGGGAAGAUUUCUGCGUCAGCGACGUGGACACGAUGAUGUACGCGGGCAAGCCGCUGAACGAGAUCGUGUUCUGGGACGACGAGGACCACCGUGAUACGCCAGCAGGGUGGGAGGGGGAAGGGGGAGAAAAGGAAGAGGCGAGGUAUGGCAUGGUGGAAUUGACGGCUUUUCGGAUCAACAUGACUCGCUGUCCCUGA